AGGUAAUCACUCGUUGUCAUCUGUCAGAACAACGUUGCCAACUCUGUAGAGUAUAUAGAUAGGUUGUUUAGUGAGAUAUUUUUCUCAUUUCAAUCAUUACUCUUCCUUCUUCUUUGCUCUCAUCAGUACACACGCUCAGUAGUGUCACAGUUACACACAUUAUAAAUAGAGCUUAAUUUGUUCAAAACCAGAAAGAAAUUAAAGAAGGAAAAUGGGUGUUAUUGACCAUAUUUCUGAUAUGUUUGAUUGCUCCUCUGGCCACUCCAGGCACAACAGACGCAGGCAAUUGCAGACAGUUGAGAUAAAAGUGAAGAUGGACUGUGAAGGCUGUGAGAGGAAAGUGCGAAGGUCCGUAGAGGGAAUGAAAGGAGUUUCAUCUGUGACAGUGGAGCCCAAACAGCACAAGCUCACAGUAGUGGGCUAUGUUGAUCCAGAAAAAGUUGUGUCCCGUGUGGCCCAUCGCACGGGGAAGAAGGCAGAGAUUUGGCCAUACGUCCCAUACGACGUCGUUGCUCAUCCCUAUGCACAGGGUGUGUAUGAUAAGAAGGCUCCCGCUGGGUAUGUGCGAAGAGAUGAUUAUCAAAGUAACCAGCUCGCACGUGCCAGUUCUACUGAAGUUCGCUAUACUACUGCAUUUAGCGAUGAAAAUCCUGCAGCUUGUGUGGUCAUGUGAACUUAAUAUUUCUGCUACUCUGUUGUUAAAUUAUGAAUCUUGUAGACUUGUACCAUAGCACUCGUUAUUGUUAAGUUUGUAUUUCUUUUUGUGAAGUUCCUACUUUUAAGUUUUGAUGAACACAUCAUAGUGUUUCUUUUUUGUUUUUUAGUCGAAGCUAAAGUUCUAUCGUGAUUGUACUGUGUAUUGUUAAAUCAAUGAAUGUGAGAUCAGUGAGAUUCGAACUUU